AUGGCCAACUACGAACUGCCGCACAGCUUCACCCUGAACCACACGGGUGAGAACAUCGCCCAGGCCCAAUCAGCGGGCUCGUCUCACCCUGUGCAACACCCCGAAGACCUGGACAUCGGCAUCACACGCUGCAUAGACGCCACAUGCGGGUCAACUUCAACCCAACCCACACUUGUGCCACCUGCAGGGAGACACGCGAACAACUACGCUUUAGAGCAGCAUGCCUCCAAGGCACGCCACAAAUCAUUCCUGUGCACUUGCACCACCAAGUUCGUCAGGCUGGCCACCCUGAAUCGACACAUUGCAGCACAGGCUGGGCCGAAGCACCACUGCGACUACUGCGAUGACAACAAAAGCUUCGCUCGGCCGGACAAGCUCAUCGACCAUCUCCGCGCCAGCCACAAGUUCGGAGAGAAAGCCAUUGCUCGGAUUCGCGGUCAGGGUGAUGACCAGCCUGGUAAUCUUGGCCGUGGUAUUCCCAUUACCACGGCCGCUGACUUGGCUCUGCCCGCGACGAUUUCGGCUGGGAACGAAGCCGCUCUUGGUGAUGUCGUGAUGGGUCAGGCUGGCUCCUCUGCUGGACCAGCCGGCUUCUUCGAUGGCGAUCUGAACGACUUCCCCAGUUUCAAUGUCGAAGAAUUUCAGCCGCUCAGCACCUCCAUGGACUAUCCGUGGCUUGAUGCUGCCGGGGAGUUCGCCGGCGUCGACGAAGACCUGGACUCCUUCAUGAACAACAAUUUCUGA